CGUACCAUCGAGUGAAUCGGUUUCCCGGUUGGCUUUGCGACAUUCUCCGAUUCAGUGGACCUUCAUCAUCCUGCCGAAAGCCCCUCCACAAAAUGAGAAGCCAUCCGGAGGUUCUUUGGGCUCAGAGGGCAGACAAAGUUUACCUGACCAUAGCCCUAACCAAUGCAAAAGACAUUGCAGUUAAAUGUGAGCCCCAUGGAUUAUUCAACUUCUCUGCCAUUGGAGCAAAUGAUGAAAACUAUGAAGUCAGUUUGGAACUUUAUGGAAACAUCCUACCUGAGGGCUGCAAAACCCAAAUGGGGUUGAGGAAUAUACUGUGCACUAUUCAGAAAGAGGAGAAAGGUUGGUGGAAACGUCUCUUGAAAUCUGAUCAAAAACCUGCUCCGUAUAUAAAGGUUGAUUGGAAUAGAUGGUGUGAUGAGGAUGAAGAAUCAGUUAAAGGUAGUGAUGAUGACGACUUGAAGUAUGCCAGUGAUGAUGAUGGAAGCAGUGGCGAUGACGGAAUGCUAUAUCUUCCGGACUUGGAAAAGUCAAAAUAG